AUGCAUAUGCUUAGGGAAAAUAAUAAUACAGGAAAUACAUUUGCGGCAUCGUCACCCAACGAUUCUUCUUCACCGGCAGAUGUCGACAAUUCUAUGAAUUCUAAUGCUGGUACAGGGGUGAAGCCCAAGACGCCGCUAAAGAAAGAAGAGUUGGAAAAAAUUGCUAAACAGUUGAAGAAGAAGCUUUCGAAGGCGACAAUAGCGGCGAAACAGUCGUUGUCACCGGCCAAUGUUCGGGUGGGAGCGAUGCCCAAGUCGAGUCCAUUGAAAAAUUACAAUAAGAAUUUUGAGUCGUCACCACAUGGAGGAAUAUUAUCAUCAUCACCUACACACUUGUACUCGCCCAAUGGCAAGUCGCCGACACAAAUGAAAAGUCUGGCUGCGGUAUACUUAUCGUCAUCGCCGUUGAAGAGGCGGACGAGCGUGUCGAGCGAACUUGCCGACUCGCCAACAAAGAAGAAAGGACCAAGAGAAAAUGAUAAUAAGGAAGAGCGCCAGCCACAGAUGGUAUUACAAGCAGUAGAUGAGACACCACUGACACCACCAAGAAACAUGGCCACUUUGAAGCCAUCGCCCUCGUUGACUGCUUCCAAGCAACAAAGUACACCUAAUUUGCAGAAGAGACGCUCGAGUGUCGGCACUCCAAAUGUUCUUUUGCGCACACCUACUCAGACAAGACCCAGCACCAGCGGCGAUGGCCAAGACGAAGAAGGUGCUGAUCUUUUAAUGUAUUUAGCUUCGUCACCAUCGCCAGCAAAACCAUAUCUUUCCAAUACACCACGUUCCAAGACUGAAUUCCAUCUGACUAGCCACCACCAUGAUAUACAUCCGCCUGCAUCAGCACCAAGUUCGAGUGUGUCACAUAAAGCACCAUCAUCAUUUAUUGUUCCACCACCACCACUCACACCAAAACGUCAUAUCACAACAUCUGCAAAGACCCCUCAAAGUAGGUUAACUCCAUCUGUGAACCUUUUCAAUAAUCUAUCGGUCAAUAAUGGAGGAUUACCAUCGUCUGGAUUGACCUUGACUCCUGCCGGGUUCAACAUGAAUGAUUAUGUCAAUUUCUUCACACCUUCGCCAGGAAGUGCAAAUAUGAACUCAAACAGCAAUAACCUAAGCAAAGCAUUUUUGAAAACCCCGGAUUUCAAUACAAUCAUUACUUCCAAUAAGCAGAGGGUUGAUGGUAAGAUGAUCAAUUUUGAUAAGGUGGGUCUAUUUGGAAGCAACAAUAAUGAUUCGACAAAAGAAUGA